GCCUCACAAUAAUUUUUCACAUCCUGUGUUUUUCUCCCUCAGUUUAUACUUGUAACUCAUGGCAAACGCUGAGCUGAAGCUCCUGGGUAGCUGGUUUAGUCCAUUUGUCUGGAGGGUUAAGAUCGCCCUCAACAUCAAAUCUGUGGAAUAUGAAAACGUUGAAGAGACCUUGAACCCAAAAAGCCAGCUUCUUCUGCAGUCAAAUCCUGUGCACGAGAAAGUCCCAGUCCUCCUUCACGGAGACAAGCCCAUCUGCGAAUCUAGAAUCACUGUCGAAUACAUAGACGAGGUUUGGAACACUGGUCCCUCCAUCUUACCAGCAGAUGCCUACGAUCGAGCCAUGGCUCGUUUCUGGGCUGCGUACAUCGAUGACAAGUGUUUCGUGGCCAUGAGAAAAGCUUUGCUCGAAGAAGAUGAAGAAGCGAGGAAGCCAUACUUGGAGGAAGUGGAAGAUGUGUUUGUGACAAUGGAAGGUGAGCUGCAGAAAUAUUGCAAAGAAGGAAAGGGAUAUUUUGGCGGGGAUGAGAUCAUUGGAUUGGUUGAUAUUACCUUUGAGAGCUUGAUGCGUUGGUUGAGUGCACUAGAGACGAUGAGUGGAAGGAAGAUGUUGGUUGAAGGGAAGCAUCCAGGUUUGGUGAAAUGGGCAGAGAGAUUCUCAUCUGAUGCUAACGUGAAGGGGUUGAUUCCUGAGACCGAGAAACUCAUAGGGUAUGCAGAGGCUCUUAAGAUGAAGCUGAAGGCUUCUGCCACUGCAAAGUAAUGCAACUCGUUAUUGUGAACUGCCUCUGGUCUUUCUUUACGUUAAUUUUGUUUUCUUUUAGGCUUGUGGGAUGUUGUGGUAAUAAUAAUAAUGAUAAUAAUACUAAAAAAUAAACAGCUCCUUUUUGGUUAUGCUAUAUGAAGUUAAAUUUCAGUAAACAUACAUUAAAUUGGGCUAGUGAUUGUUAUCAAAUUUUAUUUUCCCUCCUAUUCUCAUUUAGUAAAAAUUAUACAUUAGAUUUUGAUUUGA